AAUAUAUAUAUAUAUAUGGAUUUCACCGUGAUUUCGAGGUUUGGGGCUGAACAUCACGAGAUGUUAUGCCGUGAGGUGAACGAUUACUGGCGUCGACUGGAUGAAUCCGAUCGUUUCGAUGUCGAGGGAAUCGAAGCACCACUAGGGGCCAUUCCACUGAUAGCCUACGACUGUCAACGGCGGUGUCCCGUCUUGGUCAAACGUUAUGCUAGUGCGGGGCUUCAUCGUUACAAUAUGUUGGAGGGGACAAACUUCAAGCUCGGGGCCGUUACGAAAUAUAACAAGUUGCAGAAUUUUGUGUCCCCUUACUACAUCACUUUGCUUGCACAAGAUUCGGUUAGCGGUUCGCAUCAAACUUUUCAGGUUCUUGUUGAUGAACAACGUGUGGGCAGGUUGGACAUAAUCGUUGAAAUUGCUAGACCUAGAGGUAUGACCACCAAGGAACCCCACAUACCUAGUUUUUCAGUGGCUGAUGAAUUGCCUCAGUGGCCGGAUUCUUUCAGUGAUACAAACCGAUUUUACCUGAUGAAGCAAUCGGAGUUUCUAAACAAUGAUUGGAUUUAUCUGUAUUUGGAACUUGUACUCUGUAAAAUUGAGAGGGUCGGUAUCUCAGAUAGCGAUCUGUCCAAGCUGAAGAUUGUGAAAGCCGUGAUAGAAACCAAGGAAGAUAUGCUGCCGCCAGAUGAGAUACUCAACGCCAAAACUGCAGUGGUCUACAUUACUUUUAAGGGCAUGGCCAAGGCUCAGGUUGCUGGUGAGCAUGAUGAACGUAAAGCUAUAGUUAGAAGAAUCCUCAAUGAGGAUACAGGACGAUUGUCUCUCAUGGGUCACUUGAUUGGAGAGAAUCCAUACAUAGACAUUGACCCUGUUACUUUUUUCAACUCUCCCGCACAUACAGACGCUGUGCGUCGUGCUCCGGAGCUGCUGCUGCCGCCGUAUAUGCUGCCUGCUGCCGCCGUAUAUGGGUCACGUAUAUGCUGCCGCCGUAUAUGCGUUAACUUUCAAAUAUGGGUUAAACUAAGCAGUUAUAUUUUGUGUGUUUUCUGGAUUUUUCAAAUAUGUGUAAGCCAUGAAACGUAAAAGUGCAGCUUGAU